GGUACAGUGUAGCUUGGCCAUAGUGAGAACUACUCGUUUUGAUAGUUUGAGUUUUGUCUCAAUAUAAGGAUAUUCUAACAUCAAAGUCCGGAUGUUAUAAAAUGUGGUGUUAGGAAUAAGAACCUUAGAACAUAAUUUAGGUCAAGAUAAGUGGAUACUCAGCCAAGGUCAAGAGGAAUUCGCGAGGAUAAACCGAACCUCAGAUUUUCCAACAAUAAGAUAGAGAAGACAUGAAGAUUUCUCCAGUUAUUCUCAUAUUAGCCGUGACUGGUCAAUGGGUCCAAGGAGAAGAUGACAAAGCACCAGCUGGCAAUACAUGUUACUGUGGACUUUACAACGAAGUUGCAUUAAAAUCUGAGCCGCCUCUCCUAUCAAAAGAUUCGCUACUAGAAGUAACUUGCGACGAGGAAGGAUCCAAUUCUUGUAAAGAUUAUUGUCUAGCGUUGGCGGAAUUGGUGAAACCGAAUGGUCCAAAAGCAAUUUGUGAGGAAAUAAGGCAGGCUAAAAACCUCAAGAUUCACGUGUACUCAAGAGCUUGCGCGGACGGAAAAUGGAUUGAGACUGGUUUCAAAGCGACCCACGAAAUUUGCUGUGAUGUCAGUAAGCCUGUCAACUGUACCACUCCUACAGGCAAAUAGACCCCUAUUCUACAAUACUUUAUCAGUAAUAUAAGAUGUACCGGUUUCACAAUAGUAUUAGUAGUCAAAAUAUUCAAGCCAUGUUUUCUGCUUUUUGAAAUGUUCAAGCCAAGGUUUAUGUUCCCAAGUUUUGAAAGAUAAUAUGGUUCAAGUUGAUAUUGAUUAGAAGUAUAUUUUUAUCAAAUGUUUCCACUCUCUAAUAAAAAAUAACGUGAAUUGACUUAAUCAUUCAAUGCAUUACUCAUUUUGUGAUUAUUAUUUAAAUAAUGAGUAAUAAUUGAAACAUUGUAAGACUCCUUAAUUUUCUUAAUAAAGACAACUUUCUGUUCCAUCUGUCCUAUA